AUGGAGGACGUGGACGUGUCGCGGCAGCUGAAGCAGAUGACGGACUUCAUCCGCCAGGAGGCCGUCGAGAAGGCCGUCGAGAUCGAGGCCGCCGCCGCCGAGGAGUUCCAAAUUGAAAAAUUGCAACUGGUGGAAGCUGAAAAGAAGAAGAUCAGAGAGGAGUAUGACCGGAAAGAGAAGCGAGUUGGCAUCAAGAAGAAAAUUGACUACUCGAUGCAGCUCAAUGCUUCCAGAAUUAAAGUUCUUCAAGCUCAGGAUGACUUGGUAACAGAUAUGUUGGAGUCAGCAAGGAAAGAUCUACUGUGCAUAAGCCGAGAUCACCAAACUUACAAGAAACUUCUCAAGAUACUUAUUGUUCAGAGUUUGCUGCGCCUGAAAGAACCAGCUGUGCUUCUCCGCUGCAGGAAGGAGGAUCUUGAACUUGUUGAUUCAGUUUUGGAGUCUGCAAGCAAUGAGUAUGCAGAUAAAACAAAUGUAUAUCCUCCUGAGAUAGUGGUAGACCGUCACAUCUAUCUGCCAUCUGCUCCCAGUCAUUAUCAGGCACCUGGUCCCUCCUGCUCUGGUGGAGUUGUGCUAGCUUCCCGAGAUGGAAAGAUUGUCUGCGAAAACACAUUGGAUGCUAGAUUGCAAGUGGUUUUUAGAAAGAAGCUGCCAGAGAACGUGGCCCAGUACUCUUUGGGGUACCCUGAUGAUGUCCAGGAGAAGCUUCGGUAG